AUGUCUAAGAAAGUAGCAGUACGUUCUACUGGUAGAAGAGAACAUCGUGAAAAUCAGGUACAACUCAAUGAAGAGCAGCGCCUUGAAAUAAAAUCAGCUUUUGAAGUAUUCGAUGCUGAUAAAAAUGGAAAAAUUGAUAAACAAGAAUUAAAAAUUUGCGUGAAAGCAAUGGGAUUUGAUGUUAGCAAAGAAGAAUUAAACGAUUAUAUUCAAGAAAGAGGCGAUCCAGAACGCGAAAUGAUCGAUUAUCCUGCAUUUUAUGAUUUCAUAGGACUUAAGAUGCAAAAACGCAAUAACACAGAAGAAAUCAAGCGAUCUUACAAAUUAUUCAAGGAUGGUGCAUCAGGAAAUAUUACCAUUAAUGAUUUACGUAAAAUCGCCAAAGAAAUGGGCACUGGCCUUACUGAAGAUGAUUUACAAAUAAUGAUCAAGGAAUUUGAUCAAGAUGGUGAUGGAGAAAUUAAUAUAGCCGAAUUUAUGGCCAUUAUGGAUCCAUCAUUAGCUAAUUAA